AUGGUAAAAAAACAAAGCAACAAGUAUCAGAACUGGGAUCAAAGUGAUGGCGCCGCGACCGUGUUGGAGGUCCCCGACAGCCCCACGGAAGGAUCAACGGCGCCGUUGUGUUAUACUUCGCUCACCAACAGAUCGAGUAAGUUUCACUUCAUAGGAAGCUAUUCCUAUACCUAUGGACUUAAGGUGAACGUUGUUGUGAUUAUAUCUUGUGACUUUCGACCAUUAUAUUCAAAUUAUUUUGAGUAAGGUGAAUUACGACUUGUUAUGAUACUUUUAUAGGGUGGAUUUCACAAUUUUACAAACCAUUCUUCUGCACCAAUAGGGUACGAGUACCAAACAGUCCGUUAAAUAUACCCAAUCAGCCUCAAGAUCUCUCAGUAAAAUUUUUGGCAGCAAAUAGCAUCAAAGUAUUCAAAACAAAACGCUGUAAAAUAUGAAGUGACAGCUUGCCAUUGAAAUCUUUUCAGUUUAUUAAAUUUUUAAAAUUGCUUGAUGUCUGAGUAAAAUCUAUUUUUUCAGAUUAGCUGAAGGUUUUUCCAUGUUUACUGCAACUUUUGUAAUCCAUAUGUGAUUAUAUCACCUACUGUGUGCUUAUAGUUUAUCCUAUAUUUGCAAACUUGCACUUCCAAACCCUUACGUGAAAAAGCCUUUUCACUCAAAUGUUUGUUAGGUGUUGCAUUUCAACACAUUCAUACACUUCUUUCCAGUUCCUCAACGAUAUUUUAACCCCACUGGUCCGAAACUGUUCAAUAGUUUCAACAUUCAUACAUACAAUUGCAGUUGCAGUUCUUUUAAUUUCAGUGUACAAUCAGUCGCACCAACGGUGAUGGUACAUUCAACAUAACCACGUAUUUAGGGGUUCGUGCAGAUUUAACCUGUACACGACGUCAUCAUUAGGCGCUCCUCUGGCGAUGUCCGAUUGCGUUCAGGUGCCUUCUGCAGGUACCUCUUCACCACGGUCAGGAGUUGAUACCAGCGCGGCUCUCGUUUUUUUUUUGCUCUAGGCAUGGCCAUCCUCAAUUAAUCGCACAAAAAACAAGUCCAAGGCAGAAAAACGCACCCGAAGACGAACGCCAAAACAAAUCUCUACCGCAAAUUCGUCAACAACUCAAACAAAAACAACAGAUGAUUCACCGCCUGGCUUUGACCGUAAAUCGUCAACAGUAUAGAAAGGGCUAUCCAAGGCUAGUACUUGAUGUCUUUUAA